GUGAGGACGACUGACGCAGGGAACAGCCGGUGGUGGGGCGGCUUGUAUCUAAAAUCCUAGGGCAGGGCAAAAAUGGUGGAAUCCGUGAAACCAAAUGAACUCCAAGAGACCCUAAAGCCAUUUUAUCAGAGAGCUGCAGAAGCAGAGGAACGUCUGGCAAGACUUGAAUCUGCCUUAGCUAGUAAACAAGACGCAGGAAAUGAGGAACACUUCAAAAAAAUUGAUGAUCUUCAGUCGAAGCUUGGAAAGGCUAAUGCAGAGCUCGUUGCAAAAGAAGAGAAGGCUCAGAAGCUUGCUGCUGAAAAUGAAAAGCUUCAAUACCGUAUAAUCCAUCUUUCUCGAGCACUUAAAGAGGCCAAUGUGAAGUUAGAGCAAGUUACGACGCCGAAGCAGCUGAAAAGCAUAAAAUUGCAGGAUUCUUGAAUUCAUGGGCUGAAAACUUCGUGCUUAUUGGAAUGUCAGAUCAGACAACUUCGCUGGGUCAUCUCAGAUUUGAAGAACGCUGGCCUUUGGUGAUACAAAAUGUCCGGAUUUGGGGUUUUAAAACUUCAGAUAUAUUCUGCCUCCUAAUACUUGUUUGUGCAUGGUGACAAGACUUGUAAAAUUUCGUCUGAUCAUAAUCAAACAAUAGGGGUUUAAUUCUA